UUUCUCCGUCGGACGUUUCCAUACUAGGGUGUCAGAAAGGAGGAGCCAUGUUGGUAGUUCUGAGAACCGCCGCUCACCCGUACGCUCCUUGAACGAGGGCUGCGAUUGUUGCGUAUAUGCCGACUUCGCAAAGCGCCGCUGACACUCGUAGCCCGCUCGGCGAAGACCAUCCCGAGAGCGCCGAGCUAUCCCGGCCAAUGGCCAAGGACACGAUCUACCUCUGCAACUUUCGAGUCUCAGUUGACGGGGAGUGGCUGUGCCUCAAGGAGCUUGCCGACGUCCAGUUUGACACCCAGAAACCCCUCGCAGUCACAACUCCUUAUGCCUUCGAGGAUCGAGAUCCUGUGGCUAUAGAGCGCUCCAACCUGCUGAACUUGACAAAGUUGGUUGUGAAAGAGCUCAUAGAAUCAUCGCUGAAGUUUGGGCGUAUGCUCGACUCGGACCAUCCUCCAUUGCAGCAUUUUUUUAUUCUGCUUGAGCAUGUCCUGAGACAUGGCCUGAAGCCUAAAAAAGGCAUUCUUGGACCAAAGAAAGAACUCUGGAAUGUUCUUGAGGCAGUUGAAAAGUUUGUACCUGAAGCAGCUGACAUUACAACAAGUGUGCGAGACCUCCCAACUGUCAAGAGUCAGUUGGGCCGAGCCCGAGCAUGGUUGAGGCUUGCGUUGAUGCAGAAGAAGCUUGCCGACUACUUUCGCCUGGUUGUUGACAAGAAAGAUGAACUUCUUAGGGACUUCUAUGAGGAUGAUGCCUUGAUUCUGUCUGAAGAAGCUAUUGUUAUUGGUGGCCUUCUUGUUGGGCUAAAUGUCAUUGAUUGCAACCUUUGUGUGAAAGAAGAAGACCUCGAUUCACAGCAAGGGGUCAUUGACUUUGGCCUUUACCUUCGAGAAAAUUCUCACAGUGAUGUAUCCACAGAAGGGGUUGAACCUGCAAGCAUGACUGCUGUGUUGGACCAAAAAAAUUAUAUUGAGGAGCUGAACCGUCACCUGAAUGCUACGGUAACAAACCUCCAGCAAAAAGUGGAGCAGCUACAGACAACCAAUGCACUGAUGAAAGAAGACUUGGCCAUAAGCAAAAAUCAAAUACUCACUUUGGAGGAAGAGAAUCGUGUCCUCAGAGAGCACCAGGACUCAAUUGUCGAAGACCAUCAGCGCAAGCUUCAGAAUGCAAAGGCUGACAUGUGUGCUGAGAGGGAAACACUGCAGGCAAACCAAGCUGGUCUGGACUCACUGUACACAGAGGUCCGGAGGCAGUUGUCUGAGGAAGUGGACAGGAGACAGGAAGCAGAGAUGGCAUUGAAAUUGCUUGAAAAGGACAUCCAUGAAAAGCAGGACAGCAUAGUGAGCCUACGCAGGCAACUGGAGGAUAUCAAAGCUAUUAACCUCCAAUUGUUCAACAAGCUUCAGGAUUGUGAGUCCUCGCUAAAGGCAAAAACAGAGCAAGCUGCAAAGCUGGAGCAAAAGGUGGCACAAUUGACUGCAAGCCUAAAAGACGCUGAGACGAAGCGCGGGCCCGGGCCAGUCCUGCUCAUUCAGGCGCGAGUCCGGGCCUGGGCUUGGAGCCAUGGACCCGGGCCGGGCUCGGGCUUUGAACGCUGUCCCUGGCCUGGGCCAUUGCAGUGCUCUAGUCCAGCGCAGUCGAUAGAGAAACAAAAGCAGGCUUUCGAAGAAACAACGAGAAGCCUAGGACAGCAGCUCAUUGACAAAGAUCAAAAAAGGUCGCUGUUGGAAUCCGACCUGAAGAUUGAGCGCGAAUGGCGGGUGUCGCUCCAAGCCACGGUGGCCGAUCAGCAGGAGGAAGCCGCCAAGCUGCAGCGCGGCAUUGAUGCCUACCAGCAGAUGGCACAGGAUCACGAAAGACUGAAAGUGGAAUUCUCCGAACUGGAAAGAAAGUGCGCUGAACACGAGCUCACAUUAGAAGAGCUAGGCUGCCAGCUGAGCGAGUCCAAGCUGCAAGUGGCUGACUUGAAGGAAAACAACUUGUCCUUAAAGGAAGCUGUCUGGACAAGUGAUAAGGACGCUUCCUGCUGUCGUCAGUGCAGCAAGCCAUUCUCUGUUGCCAGGCGAAAACACCAUUGCCGUAGUUGCGGGGAGAUCUUUUGCCACGCCUGCUCGGACAACACGAUGCCACUUCCGUCAUCGGCGAAGCCUGUGCGCGUGUGCGACACCUGUCAGACUGUGCUGCUGCAGCGGUAUUCAGCCACCUCCUGAAGCUCUGCGUUCAGGCCUCACUACGGGGCCAUGUGCUGCGCCCGUGGCUGUCCUUUUGGGGCAAGUUCCCCCCCUCGCCUCUCUGGGAAUUCAUUCCAUCUCCGCCUUCUCGUCUUUCGCUGUCCCCUCGGAGUGCGUGCAUGUGACAGUUCUGGCCCUCGAGUAUUACGCCACAGGUACAAACUGGGCCACUGUGGGGAGGCCCACCCGCAUAUACGUGUAUUACGGCGCCGCCAGCAAAUGAAAACGACGCUUUGUGUCAUAGCCCUUGGUGUGCGCCGCCGCGCCCAUUUAGAGUUUUUAAACGCUGUUGCCACUCCUGAAACGCAAGCGCUACUGCGGCGAAAUGGGAGUUCCCGCUCAUAAUACACACUGCACAAGGCGCCUCGUACUAAAUAGUAUCGGGAGAGAAUGGUGGUGUCGGGUACAGGUUUUAGGACGACAUACAGAUGUGUGGGUAUUUCUAUAUUUCAUAUAUAACGCCGCUACUAAUUUCGAGAAUACAUUGCGGUGUGUGAGCUUAGGAACUGCGUGAAAAAUUAUUCAUGACAGCAUAUAUUUGAAGUGUAAAGUUGUGAAAGCUAUACAGACGUGCUAUUAUUUUGCCCGUAUGGUUUGUCUGUGGGACCGGCUUUUUGGAGGACAAUAUAAUCAGGCCUUGCCGUUGCCUUUGCCGACCUGUUAGUUUAUAAGAAGUUUCGAAUGAACUGUUAUAAUGAAUAAAGACCUUUCAUUUGCGA